AUGAUUCAUGCCAAUGGGGUUUCGGUAUUCGCUGGGGAGAGGAUGCAGCGUCUCGCGUUAUCCGAGGAAGAUAAGAGCGUCCGUGACUGGUUCAUCCAGACAAUGAAGGACCUCAAGUGUGAAAUUACCGUCGAUGAGAUGGGCAAUAUAUUUGCGGUCCGAGCAGGCAAAAGAAAGGAUGUUCCGGCAACAUUCAUCGGCAGUCAUCUCGACACCCAGCCCACUGGGGGCCGAUACGAUGGGAUCCUGGGUGUUUUGUCUGGCGUGGAAGCAAUGAAGCGAAUAGACGAGCUGGGCUUGGAGACCGAAGGCGGCAUUGGAGUGGUCAACUGGACAAAGCAAGUAAGCAUCCGCAAUCUUGAAGGCAAGAUGUUAACACACGCAAACACACCCAUGGCCGCUCAUUUCGAGCUCCACAUUGAGCAAGGCCCCCAUCUCGUGUCCGCUGGGCAACGCAUCGGCGUAGUUACGGCUGUGCAAGCGUAUAGGUGGUUUCGGUUGAAAGUAAUCGGCCGGGAUACGCAUACCGGCACGACGGCAUUCGAGCACCGUGCUGAUGCACUCUACGCCUUUGCACAGAUGAUGGUGUGUGCUCGGGAGGUUGCCGCAGCACGCGGCUGCUUGGCUAGUGUGGGAAUCAUCGAAGCUAAACCGGGGAGUGUGAACACCGUGCCGGGUGAGGUGAGCUUUAGCUUGGAUAUUCGAGGGCCAGAGACCGAUCUCGUGGCAGAGGUCGAGAAAGAGCUUCGCAAAGAUUUUGACGCUAUUGCAGCUAAAGAAGGAGCUGGGAUUGGAAAGCCAUGCCGGGUAGAAUGGACGCUUGACUUCGACUCUCCUGCUGUGAAGUUCCACGAGGAUUGUAUCAAGUGUGUUGAGCAGUCGGCGCAUGCCGUAGUUGCAGAUGCGCCGGUGGAGGACACCAAGUCACUCGUUCGGUCUAUUAUGAGCGGUGCUGGCCAUGAUAGUGUUUUCACCUCCAAACGAGUGCCGACCAGCAUGACCUUUGUUCCUUGCAAGGAUGGAUUAAGCCACCAUCCGGAGGAGUUCUGCUCUGCUGAUGAUUGCGCAACCGGAGCGUCUGUCAUCCUACAGGCAGUCAUACGCUACGAUCGAAGCAGAUUUUCAUAG